AUGAGGACGAGACCUGCUGGGAUUGGCAAUGUCCAUGCUGACUGGAUGGGUUCGCUUCCCUCCAUUCUCAGUGCCAUGCCUCUCAAGUAUCUUGCUGUGCCAGGUUCUCAUGACUCCUUCACCUUCUGGGUGGAUGUGCAUGCCCCUGUGGGCCCUGAUCAGAAGUCUUAUGUAAAGUACCUAGCCACCAUGUUCAGCGUGCUAGCCAAGAAAGUCAUGGUGAAGUGGUCAAUGACACAGAACCUGACAUUCAGGGAGCAAUUAGAUGCAGGAAUUCGUUACUUCGAUCUCAGGGUGUCUUCUAAACCAGGCGAGCCUGGAAAUGAGAUCUACUUCAUCCAUGGCCUCUUUGGACACAAGGUGAGAGACGGCCUGUUGGAAAUUAACUCUUUCCUGAGCAGACACAAGAAAGAAGUUGUGCUUUUGGACUUCAAUCAUUACUACGCGAUGGAUGAAGAUCACCAUGUGUACCUCAUCCGUAUGCUACAGGAAGUGUUUGGCAGCAAGCUGUGCAGCGACUGUGCAGUGGAGAACAUUACUCUGAACUACCUGUGGGAGAAGAAAUAUCAGGUCAUUGUGUUCUACCAUCACCCUUCAGCCCAAGAUAUCCCUGUGAUGUGGCCUGGCAAUAAAAUCCCUGCUCCAUGGGCAAACACCACUGAGCCCAACAAGCUUAUACAGUUUCUGGAAACCACAUUGAAAGAAAGAAACAAACAGGGAUCCUUCCAUGUCACCCAGGCUAUCCUCACUCCUACGGCCAACACUGUAGCCAAAGGUUUGGUGUGGGGCCUGCGUGAAUACCUGGUAGAAAGAAACCUGCCAACCAUAAUGUCUUGGGUUCAGAGUCAACGGCCAGGAGUGGAUGGAGUCAACAUCAUCACCUCAGACUUUGUGGAGCUCACUGACUUUGCCAACAUUGUGAUUAAACUCAACAACCUACUGCUGUCUGAGUCAGAACGCAAAUCCAGAUGA